UCUAGAAUAGUGAACCUGAAAGGCCACAAUGUCGAGCCAUGCCUAGAGAAGACGACUCCUAGACCAUUGAACCACUGAUUGACGGCGAGUAGGCAGGCUGAAUGGAGUAGGUCUGAGGACAGGAAUUCGGAAAGUGAAAAGGGAGGUGGUAACUUCGAAACGAGUACCGCUUUUGUUGAGCCUUCUCCCCAAGGAUCGUCAUCCCAUUCUUCAUCUUCAUCCUCAUUCUGUUCAGAGCCCUUUUCAGUCUCCUCUUCAGGUGCAGCUUUGCAAACCUCCACGUAUGUAUUAAGGCGAUCCAGUCGACCGAGAAGAACGACCCGUACACGACACAAAAGGGCAUCUCCCUCGACUUCUUUGAAAUAUUCUAUCAAGGAGGGGGCUUUUCCCUCCAGUGAAUCUUGGUCGGACGAGGAGGAAAGAAGUCGUUCAAGGCGUGUAUAGGCGGAAUCGGUGCGUGCUAAACCAAGUUGAAGCAAUUUCUGUUGGAGUAGAACAUCGUCUACGAGUCUGUCGGCACAUGCAGCAGCAGCCCAGAGGUCGUCUGUCAAAUUGUUCAGGAUGCCCUCGACGUUGUCCACGGUGAGCUCGCCAUCUGCCAGGUCAACCCAACGCGUGUAAGAUAGGCUGAUUGUGACGUUUAUACAUAUCCAGUGCUUGUUACAGCUGUUUCCAUAAAUCGGCCGCCCAGCACGAAGCCACAUAAUGAUAUCAUAAAUAUCACACUUGCACCCACUGUGUACCACAAAGCGAGUCAAGUCAGCCACUGUUGGGGUCGUGGGACCCUGCUUGGUCAUUGUCAAUUUUUUUCUAGGCGGCCUACGAUUAGUUAUGGAAACAGCUGUAAUGGGGAAAUUUUCUAAUACUCUGCAAGGAUUCGACGAAAGGAUUCGAAAGGCGAAAGAAGAACUGAAUGAACUUGAAUAUCAGCGCAACCUUCUAGUUCCUAUCUGCCACUUACCGGCUGAAAUUCUUGGAAACAUAUUCACAUUCUGUGUUCCCACUGGCACCAUCUCCACACCACAACUGCCCAAUGUCGUGCAUGUGUGCCGUCUCUGGCGGACGAUUGCAUUCAACACACCUCUAAUGUGGUCUACACCAAAUUUCAUCUCACCGAAGUUGGCUCGUGAAAUGUUGCGAUUGUCCAAAUCUAGCCCACUCAAUAUCGAAUGGAACCGAGACUCAGGAGCACUACUCCCGAAACAAUUAGAGGUUUUGGGCGAAGCAAUUACGGAAAUUUCACGCGUGCAGAGCUUGCACCUUUCAUGCAAUCCGCACCAGGUCGAGGUUCUCUUAACAGGAUUGGUCGACCCUGCUCCAAUGCUCGAGGCUUUGACGCUCCAAUGCCCAAUCUCGGGUGAUUUCUUCUUCCUCCCAGGCAAUUUUCUUGCUGGAGAUGCGCCUCGCUUGCGCCGGCUCUCGCUGACAGCAAGUAACAACAUACCAUGGGGUUCUCAAAUUAUGAAGAACCUUACCCGUCUAGAUAUCGUAUACAGAAAUGGUCAAUCCCGUCCUCUAACUCCGUGGCCAGAAAUAAUCGAAACUCUGCGUGGAGCCCCGUGCCUUGAAGUGCUGCGUCUAGACUUCCUUUCAUCCCGCAACGCAUGCCUUGAAGUGGGUCCACCUAUAAUCUUGCCAAACCUGGGAUGUGUAGACCUUGCAGCAGACGCUGUAUCAUGCUCUACUCUCCUCCACCGUAUGUCUUUCCCAAACACCACUUCCAUCUGCCUCGAAUGUAGGCUCCCCGCCUCCUAUACCGACAGCACCUACGAUCCUUUGUUUGCCUAUAUGACCGGCCUAUUCGGUAGUACAUCUUCUACUGUCAACCAUCCUCGAGCCAUCAAGUCCCUCCUGCUCUCUUAUUCCCCCGAUCACAUCAACGUUCUUUCUAUAGGCGCAUGGAAUGUCGGUGGGGUCAUGGAAUAUGUGCUUGGAGAGUCUAAUAUAUCCCUGACGAAUCAGUUCUCUGGCACAUUGGUUUUAAAAAAUGUCAUGGGUUUACCAUUUUUACAGAAAGUGCUCGCGAGUUUGGGGCCACUUUCUCAACUCGAAACCCUGACGAUCGAUCUUUCAACCCUUCCAGUGGAUAUCAUGAUCCAGCGCUUUGGUAGUCUUACUAACCUUAGCUCCAUCUUCGUAAAGGGUGCUUGCGCCCCAGAGGUCGUAAAAUCAUUGUCACACGAUCUUUCCGAAACCUCUCUUUCAACGAUAGAUGCGUCUCCAAGACACGGCACAACCAUAUUACCCCGAAAACCAUUUGCGGCUUUGAGGACAUUUGGCCUGGUUCACGUGGAUUUCACUUGGGACCGGGAAGCUUUGUUGAAUCCACUUCUUGACAUGCUCAGACGACGGGCACAGAACGAAUUGCCCCUUGAGAAGGUCGUUUUGGAGUUGUGCACCCAUAUUUUUUUGGACGAUGUCGCCCAGAUCAGGAAAGAAGUGCAUGUUGAAUGGGAUGAUCGGGAGUUGUAUGGAGAGGACUCAGAAGAUGAGUAUUCGGAGGAGACAACGGAUGAUUAUCCCUACGAUUCGGAUUAUGAUUACGAUGAUUACUGAUCGAUGAUCUCGCGGCUCUUCUGUAUAUAUUUUCUGCACGAUUCACUUGGACCCGCCCACUACAGAAGAUAACGGUGCUUAACGUCCGCAAUCCAUGUACCUUUCAC